GUUACAAAUAGGUACGCGGUCCGUGUACUUUUGCGUCCAUUCGUUUUUCUUUUUUAAACAACUAUAUAAAAAACAAAAAUUGUGCUUUUCUUUAUAUUUGUUUUCAAGGUAGUGGAUAGAUUAACCAAAAACAAAGUCAAUUUUCUUAUUUAAAAUUAUUUUAGAAAUGAAAAUCAAAUUAUUGGUAUACAACUAUUUUUUCAGUUUUUCAAAAAUGCUAUUUUUGAUUCUUGCAUUUUAUUUGCGUUGACCCGGAACAUUUAUUUGAUGACCUUUUCGUCGCCACGUUGAUUACGUUAAAGGUGAACCGCUUACACGUGCAGGAUUAGUUCAGCAGAAGAUGCUUGAGAUGGAGCAGUACGUUCUUUUUAAAGGAAGCAAAAGGGUUACGUUGAAGGACGAUGACAUGAGCGCGGAGAAGAUAGGUCGAAUUUUUCAGGUUUCAUCGCAGACUCUGUAUUUGACAAAUGAUUCGAAUGUAGCAAUUUUCCCGGCACAGUCGGGUUACUUCAGUGCCCUAGACCUCACUGCACGUGGGCAUUAUGAGGUCCAUGGGGAUGAAGUGGAGAAAGGGAUUCUCACCCCAGGAACACUACUCUCAACCCCAUCAGUCUCCCAGCGUUUCUCCUUUACACGCAAUACUCCACCCUCUGCAGCUGCUGGCUCACCUGCAACGGCUGUUGCAGGACCUCCGAAAGCCGCCAUGACUCGAUCAUUUCAGAGAUCCAUUUACAUAGCUGAGUUGGUAAACGGCAAACUGAGGCCAAGCAGGAUGGUGGUAGUUCGUUUCAUGGAAUAUGAGGCUACAGUACAUGGCAUUAUUGGGAAAGUUCAAGAUGCUCUUGGCAGUUAUGAUCCUGUAAUUCUCACCGAUGCCCAGGGCAAUGAGAUACUUGACUCUGAAGGGACUAAAGGAUCCAUCUACUGGAAGCAAAAUGCCCGCAAGGUAUUUGCCAUUGCAGAGCACGACUUCACAGAAUUUCAAGGCAGCAAGAGGAAAAGAAGCUCAAGUCGGAAAGAUGAUGAAACAUCAAGUCUACAAGAUGUCUUUGAUAAGAUAGAAGAAGUGGUGCUGGCGUCACAGGGCCUUCAGCAAGUUAUUUCAACUAUCAAAGAGCUUUCUGAGCUGUCCAGUCAAACACCUGCCAAAACCUUGACUGAAGUCCAAACGGAGAAAAUAAAAGCAGCUUUCACUUGCAUAGUCUGCAAAGGACCCAUUGAUCAACCAGUAUUUGCCACCUGCUGUAGAAGCCUGAUCGGAUGCAAACCUUGUGUUGAUCAGUGGAUGGCUACUUCAUCACAGUGCUUAAAAUGCAGAGAGGAAGCUCUUAGCAACCACAUCUUUCUUGCAGCAGGUCUUUCUGAAGCUUUGUUAGCUCUAGGUGACAUCAUUAGGGUAGAGUAGGCCUACAUUACCCAGGAAAAAAUUUUAGCGAUUCAAGUUUAGUUCAGAAGUUUAUUUCACAGUUGAUAUGUAAAGUUUUGCUGCACAACUACUUAAAACAAGAACUAAAAAGAAAUACUUUAAUUUUAUUUAUUAGCAUCAUGUUGAUGCUUACAUUCUUGUGUAAUAUAUAUAUAUAUAUAUUUUUUAGAAAAAACACUUGAUGGAAAGCAGCAUUGAACAAUUAGAAGGCAUGCUCUUUAAGAGUAUCUUUGAGUUAAAUUUACUAAACACAUCAAAGCCUCUUUAAAAGGCAAAAAGUUUUUGUUGACCGUAUUAUUGAGCAAGUAAGUGAUGUCUGGGCACUUUUCUGAAAACAGUUGUUCUACUGUAGCCUUCUCAUGUUCACUUGUAAAAGGGUCUGUUCCAAAGGCUGAAACCCUUGUCAAAGAUGUUCCCAGUGUGUUCAUGUACAGAUCAGCUGCUUCAGUUCCAUGAGGCAGUAGUGCUGCUGAGAUUUUUUUUGCACAACCACCCUGUGCAAUCUGGUUUGGGAUUCCUUUUCCUGUAGUAAAUGGGACAUGUUAACUUGUAAUAAAUGAUUGAAUGUCAA